CAGAUCUGCGCAAACCAGGAACAAUACUACAUAGCAUAGCACAUGUUUGAAGCUUGAAGCAUCCGUGGCUGCAGACUGUCUAGUUGCAUGGCAUGGACUUGGAAUUAUAAUCUGUUUACUAGUAGCGUCGGUGACAGGUCAAGCAGUCGAAAUGGCCGGUAAGGACUCAUCAGAGGUCGGAGAACAACCCACACAGCCCGCAGAGCAGCCCCCACGGCCCGCAGAGCAGCUCCCACAGACGGCAGAGCAGCUCCCACAGACGGCAGAGCAGCUCCCACAGUCGGCAGAGCAGCUCCCACAGCUCGCCGAGCAGCUCCCACAGUCCGCAGAGCAGCUACAACAGCCCGCAGAGCUUGAGGAAGAGAUGGACACGAAGGCAGCAACGCAGUCGGAGACCCUCCACGCUGCUCAUGGGAAUACACACCCACCAAAAGAAGUGGACCCACAGCCCGCAGCGGAGUCCCAGGCUCCAGGGGAAGCCAGCGCCAAGGGGGACUUGUGUAUGGACGUGUGUAUGGACGGGGAUCAGUGGACCGAGGACAGGCGGGCUGCCCCGGCGGGCCCUGGAGACGGUUCAGAGGACUCGGACAGCUCUUCCUCCUCGUCCUCCGCUGCCUCCCCUCCCUGUGUUCGGAUGUUGGAUGAGGAGGAUGACGAAGGCUUUAGCCAACAGGCUCAAAUCAAAACACGAGAUGAGGUUCUGCUUGAGGAACUUCCAGCUGUGGAGGAACUGUGUGUGUCCUUACCAGAGUCUGCGGAAAUCCAGCCAAUCGGAACGGUCACCAGUGUUAUUCAGCAGCUCAUGAUAGUCCAAUCACUGAAGGGAACUCCUCCGUUGACGGAGGACAGCAUCAUCUUCACUUCGGACCGGCUGGCAGUAGGCAAGGUGUUUGAGGUGUUUGGCCCGGUCACCACUCCCUAUUACGUGCUCCGCUUUAACUCUGAGGAAGAGAUUGUUACAAAGGGGCUGGUGGUGGGCUGCACGGUCUUCUACACACCAGAACACAAAGAAUACACCGGAUACGUGCUCACCAAACACCUCCAAAAUCUCAAAGGAUCUGACGCGUCUUGGAAAAACGACCAGGAGCCCCCCCCAGAGUCCUUAGAUUACAGUGACGAUGAAGAGGAACAGGAUGCUAAGAAAAAGAAAAGACAGGGCAGCAAGAAGAAGAAGAAUGAAAACGAGACAAGCCACCAGGCCCACCGCGCUGUGGCCGCCGCACCCCAGGACCAGCAGCCAGGGCCCAACUACCGGCCCUUCCCUCAGAGGCCCCGCGGAGCAGCACCUCACCGCUACAGGCACCAGGGCCCCAUGCAUCCCCCCCGGGCCACGUACCAGCACCAACACCCCGGCCACCACCCCCACGCAUAUCCCCCUCCGCCCUGCCCCUACCCUCCCCCAAUGGGGCCGUUCUCUCCGCAUAACUACCCUCUCUACCCUCCUCCUCCUCACCACCAACACCUUCCUCCUCCUCACCACCACGCCUCCUCCGCCUACGGCCAUCCCCAGCUUCCCCCACCAUGGCCCCCGGGUCUCCACGCGGGUCUCCACUUCCCUCCCCCUCCGCCGCCGCCUCCCCCUCCCCCUCCCCCCCACUGAUUGAACAACAAGAUGAACUCUUCUAGGUCACAUGGACACCGUUAACCAGUGGCAAAAGAUCUCGCUGGUUUUUCUUUUUUUCUAUUAUUUUUAUUACGCUGGUCAAUCCUGUCUCCUCAUGUUAAAAUAUGAGCCGAAUUUCAUUGUAGUCUUCAGUUUCCAAGUCCAAGUUCCUAAAUUCCACAUGUUUCUGAUUGAAGUUUAACAGAAAAUGGCCUUGUUCGUCUUGAAGCCCUCAUCUAAAUGUAUUUGUAGUGUUGAACCACAACCAAGAGAACCUCUUUUUAUAGAUGUGUAUUUGUCUGAAAGGUGACCUUUCUCACAGUAAAUAAAUGUAAUCUUCUAUGAAA